AUGCAAAAACUGCCGAGCGUGUUUGGGUUCGCAAUCCUUUUAUUUGUACCAUCCUUAUUUAGAAAUGGCUUGUUAAUUCUAUGCAUACUGUCUUUGGCCAUAAUAUUUUUGCUUUGCAGCAUAAUUAAACUGCAGAAUUUUAUUACAGGAUCACACUUCAAGAGUAAACGAAUAAAUGAAAUAGUUUCGUGUCAUAAAAAUAUACUACCAAAUAAUGUGGCCACCUAUAAAAGUAAAUUUAUUACAAUUGAUAAAUAUCCUCGAACUGCAUCAGAAAUCAGGGAAAUUAUCGAGUUUAUUGUCACUGAUUUUAUACAAUCAUGGCUUUUAAGAAUCGAGAAGGAUAACGACCAAUCUCUUCCCAAUUUAAUUCAGUCCUUACUAGAGAAUACAACUGAUAAAAUAGCGACUAUUCAAGCAGACAAAAAUAUUGUUGAUAUCAUUAGUACAAAAUGUAUCCCCAAGAUUACAAAGCACAUAAACAUCUAUAAACGAUGUGUAACUACAGAAGCUAAUUUGAAAAGGCAAACCACUCUUCAUAAAAAUAGCUUGCAUUUAGCUGUAGAAUUCAACAAGUACCAAAAGUUCCACAGAAAUGUCUCACUCAGAAACCAUAUCUUGGAUGAUAGUGUAAAAAACUAUUGUUUGGAUAAAGCCCAGCUCAUCCAGAAAAGAAUUUUGAAUGAGAAUGAGGCUUCUUCCACAAUUGUUUCAUCUUUAGUGAAAGAGAUACUGGCAGGCUCUGUAUUGUAUCCUUUAAUUAAUAAACUAAUAAAUCCGUAUGAUAUUAAUCUACAGAUAAUAUCAAUGUCUGAAAGAAUUUUGAAAGAAACUAAACAAGUGUCUCGCAUUCGACAGCUAUUAAAUGAAGAAACUGAUACUUCAGGUACUACGGAAGAACUGAUAAAUAACGCUAAAGUAUGGUGGUUAUUUAAAGAACUGCCCAUAAAUAAUAAGCAAUAUGAGUUGAGCCUGAGAUAUAUUACCACAUGCGGACAAAUCGUACCUUUACAUAAUAUAGGAUACGUACUAUUAUUAUGCUUUGGUAUCCUCGAUGAUAAUAUCGAUAAAAAGGCAUCAAAACAAAGGCUAUUACUGAUGCUGAACUUAGUUGAAAUGCGACUGAAAACUUUUAAUUCUAAGUUAAUAUAUGGUCCUUCUUUAUCUUCAAAGGUGCUUAAUUCUAAGAAUAGUUGGAGGGAAUCAACACAAUUUGUAAAAAAUUUUAUUAGCACUAUUACAUUUGCUGAUAUAGUUCAACAAAACGAAUUGAUAUUGUUCUUCGAAGAAUUUUUGGCGAAUGAAAAUAAUAUAAAUCUGAAACCAUUGCUAUCAUUUAUUUGUGAAUCCAAUCUCAUUUUGACUCCACUUGAUGAUAGUUACGAGGAAGACCAAUCAAUUGUAGAGCCACUUGCUUUUUACAGGCAACUAAAACAGUUCAUAACUGAAACCAUGAUACAUGCUUUGCGAAAUAUAAAUGCAGAACGGACAGAUAAUAUCAUGAAUUUUAUGUCACAAAACGAACCUGAUAUGAAUAUAUACUUUAUUGAUUGUCUGAAAAGUAUCCGAUUUUUGAACAAUUUAGUUGAAAACAUCCUAAAGCAAUACUUUGAACAGUUUAAGUCAUCAGCUUCAUUUCUGAAUAUGAUCACAUCCUCCAAAUUUUUCCAAACUAAUGUUUACAUAAAAGGUAUUCUAGAAUUUUCCCUGAGACAAAAAAGUGAAGAUUACUCUCAAGAAAAUGCAACAAAUAUGGGUACAAAAAACUCCAGAAUUGAUCAGAAACUGGAGUCUAUAAUCUUUGAAAACGGUAUACUUGCAAAUGAUCUACCCAAAAGAAAUGUAGAGGACUCCACUCUUGCCAACGCCUUGCUGGAUAACUAUGACAAAGAUAAGUCUAUAGAUGAUAUCCAACUUUCAGUACCUCAAGAGAGCAAAGAAUUACUAUUCAGACCAGGUUUAAAGAGUUUCAAAGAUAUCAAAGAAGCCAUAGCAGAUCUAACAUUAAAGAUCAAUCAAACUGAAAAGGAAGAUGAAAUACUAGAUCAUCUAUUACUAAAGGCGGAAUUAAUCAAUGACAAGGAACAAUUGCGAAUUCUAUCAAAGUCAAAACGCGCAAUGAAGAAAGAUAUAGAGCGAAUGGAUGUUGCAAGACAACUUCUUCUAAUCCAAGAAUCAUCCAAUGCAUUAUAUGGCACAACCGAAGUGUCAAUAUCUUCUUUUUAUGAAGAUGUAGAUGAAGGCGGUAAAAAACUAAUUACCUUUUAUUUGGUAAAUGUUAAACGACAAAAUGGCGAUAAAUCUACUUCAUGGGAAGUUUCAAGGAGAUUCAAUGAGUUUGCUGUACUAUACAAGUACUUGCACGCCAAUUACUCUAAAAAGUUAAAAAAGUUAGAUCUCUCAUUUCCAUCUAAGAUUCCAAUUACAGAAAAUUACAACAUUGCUAAAGUUGACAUAUGCAAUGAAAGAAGGAUUAAAUUUGAACUAUUUUUAAAUCAGCUCUUACAAAUUCAAGAAAUUUGUGAGGAUGAUUUAUUUAGGACGUUUUUGACCAACCCCUUAUCAUUCAGUAUAAACAGAAACCCCGAAGAAUUACCUUUGAUUAACAAUUCCCAAAGCUAUGAGUGCAUACCAGAACUUUCUUUAAUGGAUGAGGGUCUUAGAUCAACUGAUGAUUUAGUUUACGACAAUAAAUACCUUACUUCUCAUUAUGCAAAGGUACCCACAUCGAACGAAACGAAAUCAACUGUAAAGAUUAUCUCAGAAUUCUUUAUAGCAAUAUUUUCCAGUAGAACAAACUCGCGCUGGCUGCGAGGAAGAGCUAUUGUGACACUAUUACAACAAUUAAUGGGGAGCACCAUUGACAAAUACAUGAAAGAGCAGGGUGAUAAAUGGAGCUCAGAUAGUCAUGUUAGUGAUCUACUGGCUAGCUUAAAAUUCUUAUUAUGGGGACCUAAUGGAACUUUUAGGAGACCUAAGGUGGACAAGAAGGAAAUAAGUAGCAAUGAAAAACGCAAAGUAGAAAUCAAGGCCUUCCAAAUGAUGCAAACCUUGUUUAUCGAGCAAUUUGGGACUUUUAUAGGUUACCAAAGGUCAAAGGAAGCAUCAAAGUCACUGCAUGAGAUGCUUCAGAAUCAAUAUUUGAAUUGCAAUCUAGUCUUCGAGCUAUUCGAUGACAUUAUAGAUGAAUUCUUACUUAGAAAAGAGGAACUAGAAACAAACAAAAUAACUAUGUAA